AUGAACAGAAAGAGGUUAAAUUGAUGGAUGACCAACAAGAGCAGGAUUGUGCCUCAGAAGACCAAGAAACUAUCCUGAUUAAUGGGGUGAAAGAAAAUGAGCCACACGAGGCGGCCGCCGACGAGAGGCCUUGCGCCGCCGCCACGUUCCCGGCCUUGACGCCGGCUCCCAAGGAAAACCAGGCGCCGCAGCGCGCGCCGCCGUGCAAGAAGCCGUGCGCGCUGAGCCCGCCCUCGCCGCUGCGCCUCACCGAUGCGCCCGAGCACGCGUCGGACGACUCCUCGGCGCACGCCAUCUCCCUCACGUCGUGCGUGACCAAGGGCAUGAGCUCGUGGUCGCUGCCGGGCGACUGCGAGAAGGCUCCCUUCACCAUCAUGGAGCCCGGCGGCAUGUCGGCGCUCACCGGCGACUGCCUGAUGCAGCCGAGCCGGACCUGCCUGGGCUGCUUUAUUGAAUCGAAGGACGGCAUUGAUGCGGAGCCGGGAAUAAGCCUGAAAGUGGGUGAUAUAAAUAGGGAUUAUGACACCUGUUCGGUCUCUGAUAUAGGGAUUCACUGCAUGAGCACAGGAGAAACCAUGAGAUACGGGGAUCAACUGCUUUCAGACCAGCUUUUAAGCUUCCCUAUGCAUAAAUCGAGGGCAGCAGACAAAAGGGAUGCAGAAAAAUCUGACAGUGAUUCAGAGGACCCCACUCAGAAAAAUUAUUACGAGGGAUUACUACUAGACAAAUGCAAUGGCGAGGAACCUUUACUAACAAAUCCCAACCAGGAAUGGGGCUAUUUUGAAUCUUUCAUUAGCGAAAGUAAAAUUGAGCUGCUUGACCUUUGCUCCAAAAAUGAGCUUUCUGUAAAUCUAUUUUCGGAGGAGGAUGUGGAUAAUUACAUGUUUGAUGAUGACGAUUCAACCUUAGGAAGCGACGUCUGCUCCUUAAAGAUUAGAUACGAAUCUUUCCAGGACAACGUGCGGGAGAAGACCACCGCCCUGCAAGAGGACGCCCAGUUCAACUUCUUCCCCAGCGUGUUCGGCAACUGCACUAAGAGGGACAGCAGGAGCAGCCUGAAAAGGGGGCCGGGGAGUGCCACGGACCCUCCUCAGUUCAAGUCUGAAGAAGGCAUCAUCUGGGGGGAGGAGGAGGAGGACGGGGAGGAAGAGGAGGGCGAGGAGGAGGAGAAAGCUGCCUUAAAUAAAUCGUGCAACAGUGCGGAGAUGGUGCAGUACGUGGGCUCCAAGCGGAGCCACUUCUUGGACUCGGUGAAUUCCACGGAGGACUCUGGGGAGUUCAGUGACGACAGCACCUGCACCGAGUCCUCCUUCGACGUGCUACGGGAUAUCAAGGACUGCAGCCGCUACCUGUCCAGGGAACACUCCACUUCCUUCAUCCAGCAGAACUACGGCUUGCGGGCCAAGAGGAAAGUGCGAUACAGCGACGACUACCUGUACGACGUGGACUCCAUCGAGAACGAGAAGAUCCUGGAUAAGAAGGAGUGGCUCCCGGACGGGCCCAAAGAAGAAGACGACGACGAGUGGUGCCCGAAGAAAAGGCGAAAAGUCUCUCGCAAGGAGCCCCCCGUUAUCAUCAAGUACAUCAUCAUUAACAGGUUUAAGGGAGAGAAGCAUAUGCUGGUGAAGCUGAGCAAGGUGGAUGCCAAUGAGACGACCGUCACCCUGAACGAGGAGCUGCUCAGCAAGUAUGAGAAGCUGGCCCCGCUGAAGGGCUUCUGGCAGGAGAGGCAGCAGAGCCGCAUGGAUUUGCUUCGAUCAUCUCUCUACCACAAGCAGAAUUUCUAUCUUAACGGCUCAGAUGCUUCGUUCCUCCCUCACCCACGGAAGCGAAAAUGCAAGCUAGCAAACAGGCACCGGAUUCAGAGGAUUAAAGCCAUCGAGCAGUCGGUGAGCAAGCUGGGCUCCUGCUCCGUGGAUGCCAAGCAGCCCUGCAGCAGCAAGGAGGACRCGGGCCUGAAAGGGCUGCAGGCGCUGGCCAUCGCCGCCCCCGGCUGCGCCAACGGGCUGCACGUGAGCGACAUCCCCGGCCUGGCCUCCGUGAAGUGCAAAGCGCAGGAGCGGGACUUGAAGGGGACGGAGAGGAAGGUGCUCCGCCGAAUCAAAUUCAAAAGCGAAGCCAGGUUGAAAUGCAAGAAAAUCAAAGGUGCUGCCAGCACGGCGGAGGGCUCCCCAGCGCUGGAAAGCCCGGACCCUGCAGCUCGUUUGAAGGACGAAGAUGUUCCUUGUGCUGCAGACAGCUCCCACAUUCCGGAGUGCCCCGAGGAUAAGAUGGCUAAAAACGCUGCUUUCCUCCCAUCCACCUCCUCCUCAGACAAGCCUCUCCCAUCUGCUAACAUCGCCGGCAACGUUCCCCUGAUCCCUGGAGGGUAUCUGCAGACGUUGCUGGAUGCUUCCGACUUGUCGAGCAACACGGGGAUCUCGUACUUCAGCCAGCACCCCGCGGAGCAGGCUCCGGCGCUGCCGGGCCUGGCGCCGGCCGAGAAGCCCUUCGCGGCGCUGCAGCCGGCGCAGAGCUGCGUGCUCUCGCCGCCCUCCGAGUCGGAGCUGCAGCACUCGCCCGGCCACCUGGACGUGGAGCAGGGCGGCUUUGGUGGUGUGUGGCCGGCCGGCAAGGCGGCGGGCAGCAGCCCGCAGGACUUCCCUGGCGACAUGCGGGAGGCCGCCGGGCUGCCCGGCGACUUCGGCGGCGCGGCCGGCGCGGACGCCCUCCCGGCCGCCGCCUACCCUCCCGUCAACCUGAACGGCGGCAAGUUGCUCUACCAAAAAAAUUACAUGCCGGAUAACCAACAAGUGCAGUCUGAUGAUUCUUAUCAGUCAUGUCAUUUCGCUAAUGGCGAGGGGCGCUUUCAUUUCCAGCGAGGCACGCUGAGCACGGAUGAUGGCAGGCUCAUUAGUUUUGAUUCAGUGGGUUCUUUGUCAGUUAGUUCGAGCAAUUACAGUUCUUUAAGUUUAAAGUCAUGCGAGAAGGACGGCGAGGAUGAUAUUAACGACGACUUCUUGGCCCACUGCAGUCCCAAGCUAGUGAUCCAGCAAAGCAUAGAUGAAAUAACCCCCUUGAAGGAGUCCACGGACCUUCUGGACAUCUCCAACUUCACUCCCGAUAAGUUCCGUCAGUCCUCCCUGUCGGAGAUGUCUCCUCCAGACACUCCCAACCUCUCCCCGCAGAUAGCCGGCUCCGACGCCAAACCCCUGGGCACCCUGAAGGGCUUUCAGGAGAGCACCCAGGCCGUUCUCAACAGUUCUGAGAAGGUCAAGUGGAACUGUGGGGUCCUUCAGACCGAGGAGCAGGCAGAUAAUGGGUUUACUUUAAAUAAUCAUCAGUUUCAGUUCCAUAUGUUCAACGAUGAAGAUUCUGUCAGCCUCCUCGAAAAAAGUCCAUGCUUGUCAACAUUUAAUGAGCCAUCUGGUCAAAUUAGCACCAAUAGCAAAGUGUCAAAAUCUAAGAGGAAAAGUUCAUCCAGCAAGAAUGCGGGUAYAAACCAAAGCUCUUCCCAGAAAACCACUAGGAAAAAAUCUCCCAAAACCAACAAAGGAACCGAYAAGCCGCAAGGCAAAAAUUCCAGGCAGACCCCCAAAACAACCCGGAAAGGGAAAAACGCUGCAGGAGCCACCGGCGAAAAGGCCCAAGGAGUUGGCAGCAGGGCCGUCAAUCAGCUGAGUAACGCGGCCUCCGCCACCAAGGGCCUCGCCGAGGGUGUUCAGCACUGCAACCCAAGCCCGCUGAAAAUCGGGAAGCAUAACGGCCUCUCCGGGGAAUGGUCCCUGGGGAAGGACCCYGGCACCGGCUGGUCGGAGCCCAGCAUAGGAAGCACCACCAGUCUCCUGGAUGACGAUCAGAGGGAGUUUGAGGAGCCCUCCAACAUACUCUCCAACAUUGCGUCAGGAAUGGCAGACGUUCAGAGGUUCAUGAUGGCCUCCAUCGAGCCCCUGUGGGGGCCCGUUGGCCACAACAGCGUGCCAGACAUAUUCCGGUCACCCGAGUCGAACAGCCUGAAAUUGAAAACGCUAAAAAUUUUGGCAGGGACGUCACAGGAGGCGAAGAAGAAGGCCAACAGYGGCUCUCCAGCAACGGCCAAGAGCCACAAGUCAAGCAAGGGCUCCAGCAAAAACAGCAAAGCCGCCACGUGCGACCCCGGCCGCCCCAACUGCUCGCCCGGGUACGGCACAGACAUUCACUCUCCCUUUUUUGAUAAAAACUAUAGUAACCUGAGCACUUUAGGCAAUAACGGACCUACCCAUAAAAAACUGUACCGUCAUAAAUCAAGUUCUAAAUCACUGAGGGAUGAGAACUGUAAAAUAAAGCGAACGGACCGUGAACAGACCCAUAAGGACCCAUCUGUGACAGCUUCUUUUGAAAAACUGAGGUAAUGCUGCACCAAACUGGCUGGAAUGCCCCUUUAACUUUCCUACUACCUGCUAAGCCCGCUGUUCCUCAUU